CAACACCCGGCUAUUUUUCUGUUGCAGUUUGGCCGGGGCUGGGUUUGAACCCACCACCCUCGGCAUAUGGGGGCGGCACCCUACUCACUGAGCCAUAGGCGCUGCCUUACUAGCACCACUCUUAAUCCCAGAGGAAAUGCUCAUCAGGGUCCCACAUCCACAGCGCUGUUCCCUAACCUGUCCUGAGGGAAGCUUAUGGUGGCAAAAAGGACCUGAGAGAGUUUGUGGCAGAUAGCUCCAAGCUUGAACCUCAGUUCUGCCACUCACAAGGGACCUGGGAAGCCACCCACCCUCAGGAGCCUCCAUCUGCUCUUGUGUGCGGCAGGGACAUAGCAGCUCAAUGUAAAGGGCCUGACACGAGAUAGGAGCUCAGUGAAUAGCAGCGACUGUAAUUUCCCUGGGGCCCCAACACUCCUUCCUCUCUCCCUGUCUGCCACACUAGCAUCCUCCUCCACCCUCCCAUUUCCCCAGGCAAACAUUUGUCUGCUGCUCCACAUGAGGAAGCACCAGGUCACUCUAUCACGCAAGGCUAGGAUGGCCCAGCCAGGCCCUGCCUUCAUUUACCCACUGGCCUGCACUUCUUCCUAGCUCUAGGGGAACCAUCAACUGCUCCUCCCGCCUCCUCUCCUGCAGUCGGUCCCCUCACUGACUGGUCACCAUGGCUGCGCUGAUCGCAGAGAACUUCCGCUUCCUGUCACUCUUCUUCAAGAGCAAAGAUGUGAUGAUUUUCAAUGGGCUGGUGGCACUGGGCACAGUGGGCAGCCAGGAGGUGUUCUCUGUGGUGGCCUUCCACUGCCCCUGCUCGCCAGCCCGGAACUACCUGUAUGGGCUGACAGCCAUUGGCGUGCCUGCCCUGGCACUCUUCCUCAUCGGCAUCAUCCUCAACAACCACACCUGGAACCUCGUCACUGAGUGCCAGUACCGGAGGGCCAAGAACUGCUCAGCUGCCCCCAACUUCCUCCUCCUAAGUUCCAUCCUGGGCCGCGCAGCUGUGGCUCCUGUCACCUGGUCUGUCAUCUCCCUGCUGCGCGGUGAGGCUUACGUCUGCGCUCUCAGUGAAUUUGUGGACCCCUCCUCUCUCACAGCCGGGGAAGAAGGCUUCCCACCAGCCCAUGCCACCGAAAUCCUGGCCAGAUUCCCUUGUGGGGAGGGCCCUGCAAACCUGUCAGGCUUCCGGGAGGAGGUCAGCCGCAGGCUAAAGUAUGAGUCCCAGCUCUUUGGGUGGCUGCUCAUUGGCGUGGUGGCCAUCCUGGUGUUCCUGACCAAGUGCCUGAAGCAUUACUGCUCGCCGCUCAGCUACCGCCAGGAGGCCUACUGGGCGCAGUACCGCGCCAACGAGGACCAGCUGUUCCAGCGCACAGCUGAGGUGCACUCUCGGGUGCUUGCCGCCAACAAUGUGCGCCGCUUCUUCGGCUUUGUGGCACUCAACAAAGAUGAGGAGGAGCUGGUGGCCAACUUCCCAGUGGAAGGUACACAGCCGCGGCCACAGUGGAACGCCAUCACUGGCGUCUAUUUGUACCGCGAGAACCAGGGCCUCCCACUCUACAGCCGCCUGCACAAGUGGGCCCAGGGUCUGGCGGGCAAUGGCGCAGCUCCUGACAAUGUGGAGAUGGCCCUGCUGGCCUCCUAAGGACCUGAUUCGCACGCUCUUUACAAAUGGCACUACUUGGUCCCAAACUGAACCCCUCUGCCUCACACCAAAGGGGAUUUUCUUUUUUAAACUGGCUUCUUGGGCAAACAGACCAGAGGAGAGGAACACAAGGCAGUCUGGGCUACAGAAUGAUCCAGUAGACAACAUGAUCAGCUCUGACCUAAAGAAACUCCAUCUCUUGUUCCCACCACCCUACUUGGUCAACAGCUUGGGGAAAGACCUUCUGGAGCUGGUCUCUAAUAACUAUGAAAUGGAUGAUUUUAUGGGCUGGGACACCAAGCUGGGAAGUCCCAGACAGCAGGUCCUAGUGACAGUGAAAGUCACUAGAUUACUUGUACAGUACAUUGUGCAGUUAAUUUGUGUCUAACUGCACAGGGGACACCCAGCUCAGCAGCGCCCUGCUGCGAAGCUGCCCUUCAAGGGACACCUCUGGCCUUAUUUUAUACAUUUAAGUUUUUGAUAAAGCUUUUCUUACUGUAGGCAGCGCCUGUGGCUCAAAGGGGUAGAGCGCCGGUCCUAUAUGCCGAAGGUGGUGGGUUCAAACCCAGCCCCAGCCAAAAAAAAAAAGCUUUUCUUACUGUAAGGGACCAGAGUGGCAUCUGUAUGAUCGAAUGGGCCAUGCCACAGCAGGCUGGUGGGCAUGGGACCAGGCCUAAACUCCAUUCCCUGUGGGAGAGAAGGGGGCAGAACUAAAAUGCCACAGAGGUGGCAAGAGUACAGGGAACCCAGGUGUCACAGGGGAAGGCUUCACAUUUGAAUUCAAUGAUCUGAUUUGGGUUGGGGAAUAGAUGAGGCCUAGCCUUUCUCAGAGGGAAGCUCAGUUUGAAAUUUCAAGAGCCAGAAGAUCCUGCACUCAGUAGGAAAGAACUAGCUCUGGUAACCUUGUGCGACCAGGCCAGCCCCAGCCUCUCCUUCCCCACUACUUCCACUCCCUCUCAAACCUUCCUGGCAUAUGACUCAGUUUCCCAUGGAAAAGCUCUCAGGACAUUUAAGGCUCUGCUAGAGAAAAUUUUUAAUUCCCUCAGGGCUAAGCCAAAACAAAACUGGCUUCAACUACUUGUUGGGUCUAUGUUAGCCUCCAAGAACUCUGGAAUAUACAAGAUGGGGAGAGGUUAGGUGACCUGGCCAAGGUGGGCCCAGGAAUGGGACAUCAUAGGAGUUUAAGCCAAUGCCUGUGGCUUUCUUCUGCAGACCAGGUCUCCCAAUCUUCCCUCUGGGCUGUGUUCUACUGUCCCAGCCUCAUAGCCUCCACUACUGUGUGAAAAGCACUAGCUGAGCUGAGGCUGAGGACAUGCCCCAAGACUCAAGAUUGUAGGGGAGGGCCUGCACCCUAGACUCUAUUGCCCUCCUUGGCUGGACGGACAGCCUGCCAGGGACAAAGUGGGAUCCUGACCACAAGAUCCUUUAGAGUCAGCCCAUCUGCU